GAUCAGUUCACAAGUGCAUUCACUUACCAAGAACACUUGUCCCAUAACGAAAGUUGCUAGUUCAACUACAAAUCGAAACAGUAAAGUAAACUAACAUUAACAGUGCCGUGUUCAGUGUGCCACGAUCUAAGAGCAAUCAGUGAAGAUGCAUUCCUACGGAUACAACGUUGCCCACAGCAACAACAGCAUCAACGAAAACAAGUACAACAAUGAGAAGCUACUGAAGUCUUCGCCAGUGUAUAAGCUGAAGAAGAUUUUGAAACCGAUCGCCGCUCUUCUCAAGAGCAAAAAAGCAGCCAAACAGCAGCUCCAGGACUUCCAGAGCUUCCAGCACUAUUAUGCCCCGGAACAGGAUUUCUCGGCGGAUUGCGAAUACGACAACAGUGCUAACGAACGCCUUGAAUCUCAGUUGCUAGCUGAAAUCGCCGAGUGCCAUGCCAACGCUGCCAUCUUCGUCUACGAGGACAACCAAGUUCAAAUUCAACCGGUACAACCCGAGGAACAAUAUGUCCCAGUGCAUUUUGCUCGCACUGAAGCCGGUACCUUCUUCUGGACUACGAUGGCUCGUGAAGCCGACAGCGAUCUCAUCCAACCGUGCCACUGCUUCUCCGAUCACCAGCUCCCCCAGCAGGAGUUUUGCGAUAGAUGGGCGCAAGCUUAAACGUGUUUGUUGAAUCACUCCGGAUACAAACCGACCAGACUGAUACUUACAACAAAAUCAUGAUCUCUUCCAACGAUUUUAGUGCUUAAGCGGAACGAGCUUUAAUAGUUGUAUAAGUUGCCAGCUUUAAUUUUAAUUGUGAUAUUAGAAAUUUAAGGCUAAUUGUGAUCCAAUGUCUUCCAUUGAUUAGUUUUUU